AGCAAGAAGAGGAUCCGCCAUCACAUCUUCGUCCUCAACCAGGUGGAUCAUUUCAGGUUUAACAGGGCAUCCCUGAUCAACGUGGGCUUCCUGGAGAGCGGCAACGACACUGACUACAUCGCCAUGCACGAUGUUGAUCUCCUGCCCCUCAAUGAACAGUUGGACUACAGCUUCCCAGAGGCAGGGCCCUUCCACGUGGCAUCUCCAGAGCUGCACCCGCUCUAUCACUAUAAGACCUACGUGGGCGGCAUCCUGCUGCUCACCAAGCAGCACUAUGAGAUGUGCAAUGGCAUGUCCAACCGCUUCUGGGGCUGGGGACGGGAGGACGAUGAGUUUUAUCGACGUAUCAAAGGAGCUGGUCUCCAGGUUCGCCGUCCCUCUGGAAUCACAACUGGAUACGAGACUUUCCAGCACCUGCAUGACCCAGCUUGGAGGAAGAGAGACCAGAAGCGCAUUGCUGCACAGAAGCAGGAACAGUUUAAGGUGGAUCGGGAGGGAGGUCUGAACAACGUGAAGUACCGAAUUGAGUCACGGACAGCUCUGAGUGUAGCAGGAGCCCCUUGCACUGUCCUUAAUAUCUUGCUGGACUGUGACACAAGCGAGACCCCUUGGUGCACGUUUGGCUGAGCCUGUGUGCCAGUCGUGUGUGCUGUGCUUGUACCGAGACGCCGGGGCUGCCGCCAAGCUGCUUGCAGCAGGCAGGAUUUUUGCAGCAGACAAGCAUGGCGGUGCUGGCGAGAUGCAGAAGAACAGAAAAGGCCAAAAACCAGGCUUUGCUGGGACCAACAGAAGAGGCUGAGAGCAGGACUCAGUGGUGUUUCUG